UAUUCCUAGUACCAAAGUUUUUUAUUUGAUUAAUUUAAUUUGCACCUUCUCAGUAUUGCAAGGGUUCACGGUUAUUAACUUCAGUUGGAUUAGAUAGAGACUUUCCGGAACACAUUCUUAUGGAGAUACUCUACUGUGAAAGCGUGAAAUGCUUUUGCAUAAUAACUCGAACAUUAUGGUGAGAGUAAGAAGUCACGAGGAAGUUUGAUGUUUAAAAAUAUACAAGCUGAGCUCAUCUCAGCCAUGAUCCAUUAGGCUAAUUCAAACCUCAAAAACCUCACUGUGAUUAUCUGGCAGUGCUGCAGUACACCAUUGAUGAAUAACUAUGCCUCAAUCCCAACCGUGUUAGCAUCUGCUAUAUGAUCCUAAGUAUCCACUUUGCUCCAUCUGAACCCAUCUCAUUCCUAUUAAAAUUUUCAAUGUCAGAUAAGAAGCAACUACUUUUCAGUUUCUUUUAAGACUAGAGUUGAAACAAUAAUGAACAUAAUAAAUUUUAGAGCAGCAGCAGGCCGUAUACUUUUGAAAGUCGCAGCUUAGUCCCUGAAAAUAUUUGCAAAGGUGAGAUUGUCUACCAAUUAAGCAGCUCGUCACAAUUGUUUGUAUCCUUUUUGAGAGAGUGUCUAUCGGCUUGGGGCUUUGUUUGGGCUUGGUUUUGGCCUUAAGUGGUGGCUGUAGGGGUUGAUGGUGGAAUAGGGUCAUGUCCGAGGGGGUUGGGGUUGGGGCUGGCUUUGCGUGGGGGUGAAGAGAGGCGGUCAGGGGUAGGUGUGGGGUCUAGGUCGGGUGUUAGGGCUGGGGCGGUGAGUGGUGAUAGAGAUAGGGAGAAGCGAGAGUAGAUAGGUUGAGGGUAGGGUCUUGGAAAAUAGGGAUCCUUCAGGGUAAGUUCAUAGAGCUGGUGAAGAUUCUUAAGAGGAGGAAGAUUAAUAUUGCGUGUGUUCAGGAGACUAAAUGGGUAGGGUCUAAAGCUAGGGAUGUGGAUGGGUAUAAGCUGUGGUACUCAGGGAGUGACAGGUGUUGGAAUGGUGUGGGGAUCUUAGUGGAUGAGGAGCUUAGAGCGCAGGUGGUGGAGGUAAAGAGGUUCAGUGAUAGGUUGAUGACGAUCAAGUUGGUCAUUGGGGGGUUUACGCUGCAUGUGUGUAAUGUUUAUGCUUCGUUGGUGGGCUUGGGAGAGGAGGUGAAAGUGGAGUUUUGGGUGGCUUUGGAUGAGGUGGUGAGAGGCGUGCCUAGUUCGGAGAGGAUUGUCAUAGCGGGGGACUUCAAUGGGCACAUUGGGGUUGUGCCGGGAGGUUAUGACGAUGUGCAUAGAGGUUUUGGUUUUGGUGAUAGGAAUGAGGAGGGAGCACCUUUGUUGGAUUUUGCGAGGGCUUUUGGGUCGGUGGUGGUGAAUUCGAGCUUUCCGAAGGAGGAUCACUUGAUUACCUUUUGAAGUGCGAUAGCUAAGACUCAGAUUGACUUUAUGCUGCUAAGGAGGGAGGAUAGGGUUUUAUGUAAGGACUGGAAAGUCAUUCCCAGUGAGCAUCUUUCGACUCAGUAUAGGCUCCUGGUGAUGGACUUGUUUAUGAAGAGGAGCAAGAAGAGAAGGGUUGAGGAGGGUCGGCCUAGAAUUAGGUGGGGUGGCUUGACGCCAGAUAGUGUGCUGAAGAUAGAAGAGAAAGUGGCGGUUUUGGGGGUGUGGGAUUGUAGGGGAGACGUGGAUGCCAUGUGGGAUAAGGCUGCCAGUUGCAUCACGGAGACUGCUAGAGAAGUGUUGGGUGUUUCGAGGGGUCGGGCAGGACGACAUAAGGGGGACUGGUGGUGGAAUGAAGAUGAUAAGAAGUGGAGAUUAAGAAGGGGGCGUAUGUUAAGCUGAUUGAGAGUAAAGAUGCAGAGGAGAAGAGGAUGAAUUGGGAGGUUUACAAAUUAGCAAAGAAGGAGGCUAAGCUUGCAGUUACGACAGCAAAGUAAGCAGCGUUUGAGAGCUUGUAUGCGGGGUUAGAGGAGAAAGGCGGGGAAAAGAGGCUGUAUAGGCUUGCUAAGGCUAGGGAGCGGAAGGGUCGGGAUCUCGACCAAGUGAAGUGCAUUAAGGGGGAGGAUGGUAGAGUUUUGGUGGAGGAUGCCCAUAUUAAGAAGAUAUGGCAGGAGUAUUUUCAUAGGCUUUUGAACGAGGAAGGGGACAGAGGCAUUGAGUUAGGUGAGCUGGAACAAUCGGAGGAGAGACGUGAUUUUAGUUAUUGUAGACGCUUUAAGGUUGAGGAGGUUAGGGAAGCUAUUCGUACGAUGCGGAGGGGAAGGGCGACGGGGCCUGAUGAGAUUCCGGUGAAUUUUUGGAAGUUUUCUGGUAGGGCAGGGUUAAGGUGGUUAACUGAUUUGUUUAACGACAUUUUCAAGACGGCGAGGAUGCCUGAAGCCUGGAGGUGGAGUACGAUGAUUCCUUUAUACAAAAACAAGGGGGACAUUCUGAGUUGCACCAACUAUAGGGGUAUCAAGCUGCUGAGUCAUACUAUGAAGAUUUGGGAGAGGGUGGUGGAGCGGAGAUUAAGGAAGAUCGUGUCCAUUUCAGAGUCAGUUUGGUUUUAUGCCCGGUCGCUCGACGACAGAGGCAAUACACCUGGUGAGGAGAUUGGUGGAACAAUAUAGGGAAAGAAAGAGGGAUUUGCACAUGGUGUUCAUCGACUUGGAGAAGACUUAUGACAAAGUCCCUAGGGAGGUUUUUUUGGAGAUGCUUAGAGGCAAGAGGGGUCUCGAUGGUGUACGUCAGAGCUAUUAAGGACAUGUACGAUGGAGGAAAGACUCGGGUGAGAACGGCGGGAGGGGACUCGGAGCAUUUUUCAGUCGAGACAGGGUUGCAUCAGGGUUUGACUCUUAGCCCGUUCCUGUUUGCGUUGGUGAUGGAUGUGUUGACGCGACGUAUUCAAGGGAAGGUGCCACGGUGUAUGUUGUUUGCGGACGAUAUAGUGUUGAUUGAUGAGAUGCGAGAGGGUGUGAAUGAAAAAUUGGAGGUUUGGAGGCAAACCCCGGAGUCCAAGGGGUUCAGGUUGAGUAGGUCCAAGACGGAGUAUAUGGAAUGCAAGUUUAGCGACUUGAGGCAGGAGGACGAUGUGGUGGUGAGACUGGAUUACCAGGAUGUUUGUAAGAGGGAUAAUUUUAAGUAUCUUGGGUUUAUGAUUCAGGGGAAUGACGAGAUUGAUGAGGAUAUCUCUAACCGUAUUGGAGCAGGUUGGAUGAAGUGGAGGCUCGCCUCGGGUGUGUUGUGUGAUAAGAAGGUGCCACUUAAGCUUAAAGGCAAAUUCUAUAAAGUGGCAGUCCGUCCAGCUAUGUUAUAUGGAGCAGAGUGUUGGCCAGUCAAGAACUCCUACAUUCAAAAAUUGAAGGUGGCGGAAAUGAGAAUGUUGCGUUGGAUGUGUGGACUUACUAGAGGUGAUAGAGUUCGGAAUGAGAUAGUCCGGGAGAAGGUGGUAGUGGCUUCGGUGGAGGACAAGAUGCGGGAAGGAAGGCUGAGAUGGUUUGGGCAUGUGAUGAGGAAGGGCACGGAUGCCCCAGUUCGUAGGUGUGAGAGGCUAGCGUUGGAUGGCUUUUGGAGGAGGAGAAGUAGGCCGAAGAAGUACUGGAGGGAAGUGAUUAGACAUGAUAUGGAGCAGUUACAGCUUACUGAGGACAUGACCCUAGAUAGAAAGGUGUGGAGGUCGCGGAUAAGGGUAAAAGGUUAGGUCGCGUGCGUGGGUUGUAGCUAGUAGUAGAAGAGCUCAUGUAUUGCUGGGUUAGUAAUCCCAGGAUUGUGUCCAUAGGUGGGGGUCGUACUUUCCGGAUGCCAUAUUUCUUAUCUCUUAUUUCAUAUUGCGCUUAUUUAUCUUAUUUCGUAUUGCUCUGAUUUCUCUUUUAUUUUUAGUAUGUCUUAUUCCUUUUAUGUUAUGCCACCAUCAUGCUUAAUGGUGCACUACGCUCUUGCUUACUAUUCUCUAUCUUGAGCCGGGGGUCUAUCGGAAACAACCUCUCUACUUCUUUGGAGGUAGCGGUAUGGACUGCGUACAUUCUACCCUCCCCAGACCCCAUUUUGUGGGAAUACACUGGGUUUGUUGUUGAUGUUGUUGUCAGUUUAGUACUUGAACCAUUUGCAGAGGUGAGAUUUGCUCUCAGUUAAGCAACCCGUACAAGAUUGUUUGCUUCCUUCAGUUGUACCUGUUACAUUUGCUAAAAAGCUAGGUGAUCAAAGAGAUCCUUAAUAAAGAUGCCAGCUGGAAAAAAGGUCACUCUUUUUAAUUUUGUUGAUGAUCAACAAAAACAUAAGCUAUAAUUAGUUCAAGGACUGGGCUAUUCUGUGACUUCCUUUAAAUUUUAGGGAGUUCUUCUAUCUGCUGCUUUACAUUAUUCUCCAACUACUGAGAUUAUGCGGCUCUGGAAGCUUCUCAAAAUCUCAUUUAGCUGGUGGCAAGGAAGCAGUAUACAUCAAUGAGAGGCAAAGACAUAAAAAAGAAAGAAAAUCCUCGAUGCUAUUUAGUUGCCCCAAAAUUGGAAUUUCUCCCAUCCUCACAGUACUUGCGUUUCUCUUGUUUCAU